AUGGGAAGGGAGAAACGGACAUGUCAAGGUAAACAACACUUUAGCCACCCCCACAUCUUGAAACUUAUCAAUCAAGCUGAAAGUGAAACUCUAACUGGCAAUGCUUGUGAGCAACCAAGCAUUACUAGUAAUUUCUAUGGCUGCAAUACCUGCCAAUAUUUCCUCCAUGAAAACUGCCUCAAUGCUCCGCGUUUUCUCGACCAUUCUUCUCAUCCUUCCCACCACUUGACCCUUCUCCCAACUCCAACUUACAAAGAUCGUUCUUAUACUUGCAAUGCAUGUGGCUCUGCUGGCAAUGGAUUCAGCUUUAGCUGUACCCGUUGCGACUUUGAUAUCCAUAUGCAAUGUGCCCUUUUGCCCCAAAUUGAACUCAAAAUUGCAAGGUCAAUGCUUAUUGACAAACAUCCACAUGAGUUGGAGCUCUGCUUUGGUUCUCCUUGCGAAGAUAAGGAUAUCCUAUUUGUUUGUGAUAUCUGCAAUAUCAUAAUGGACACAGACGAAUCGUUGUACUACUGUGCUGAUUGUGAUUUCGGGUCUCACUUGUACUGUGCAUCUCCUGAUGCUGAUGCUCUUCCGAGAUCACAGCAGCGUCGAAAUCCAAAUCCAAUUCCAAAUGCAAAUUCAACAGUGGAGAUGAUAAAUUCAAUUAAUGAUGCUCAUGAGCGACUUAUAGCAGCUCAAAUUGAAUCUCAGAUUGCUGCACGAGCAAGACAGGCUAUGCUGGAUUCGUGUGCUAGCCUUGAACUUGUUGUUUACCUAGGAAGCCGACCAAUUAAUCCAAAUGCAAAUUCAGCAGUCAGCACUGGAGAUGAUAAAUUUAGUUAA